UCAAACUAAACAUGCACCUGGAGAUCUGCUGCGCAUGUGUUCAGGGAUUUUCUAACUUAUUUUUAUCAGCAGGAGAGAGCGUGAGCUUUUAUUUGCCUUUAUUUACACGCGUUAGAGUCGCCUGUUUUCCCGUGAGGGGGAUGGUAGAUGAUUUAACAACUAUAGGCAUAAAAAAUCACACAAAUACAACUUCACUCACUAUAAACAAGUGAAUGCUGUGCUCGGAUCAAAUACUGAUUUCAGUGAUACUGCAAAUGCACUUUUACGACUGCCUAUAAUAACAAGCCCCGACUGUUAAAGCUCAUCUGUAGACAAUAUUGGGAUACAAGUAUUUAAAAGCUUUUUUCCUAAUUCUCUUCCAACUCUGCGUCAGAGAUGGGAAUAAAGAGAGGGACACUCAGCAGCUGCAGCACACAGAUACAGAGCCAUGACGUAAGAUUUUCCACAGCCAGUAAUAAAAUGUGUCUCCGUUCUGCAGGUACGGACCAUAAAGGGCAGAUAUCAGCUGUUUAUUCACCUGAAAUGAGGCGAAUUCUUAAAAGAAAGAAAAGUAAAUGAAGUUUCAGCUUCAGACGAGUUGGACGUUGAAGUAGCUUUCACAUCUGGCCACAAGAUGGAGUUAGAUCUCCUUAAAAGCCAAGUCUGGAGCCAUGUGGACGCCCUGAAGUAACAUCAAACCCCGAAUCGGUUCUUUGUUUCGCUCAUAAAUGUCGUUGGCUGCGCGCGCUUAGGUUCAGAGAAGGAAUGUUUGUAGAUUAAAACAUCGUCGGACUCGUUCUGAGUCUCGCCGUCGGUGCUGCUCUGCUGGAUUCACACGCUCUGCUCUUUGUUGCUCCACCUUGCUGAAAAUGCGUUCCUGUUCCUUUAAGGAAUUCACGGCGGUGACGUUGCUUAUAUUCCAUAUUCAGAGAAAGUCCAGCGGCGGAGUGUGGAAUCUCCUCCUGUGAGUGCAGUUCUCCUCUGUGGCGCUGAGCAAGAAGCAGAACGUUUUCCUUCAUCAUGAGCACAGAAAAGCAUCCUGAAUUCACAUCCUCAGAGGCAGACGGGAUGGAUGUUGCAGAUGUGAAGUCGCAGGAGGAGGAAGAAGAGAAGGAGGACAACUCAUUUAGUGAAAAUGGAAUUCAGUCCGCUGGAGGUGUCGCAGAUCCACGUGUGAUAAAGACCGAGGCUGAGGAGAUGGAAGAUAACGAGCAGCUUCUCAAGGCUGAAAAAGACCAAGAGAUUGUGCCUAAAGAGGAAGCAGAGGGAGGCAGUGAGGACGGGAUGGAGGAAGGUUUUGAUGAGGAGAGGACAGAGGAAGAGAAUGAUGAGGAGAGGGACGUGGAAGGGGACGAAGAGGGAGACGGCCUGAGUGAGCCGCAGGACCUGUCGCUGGUGGACUACUCGCGUUACGACAGCGCGGCCCUCCCCGACGCCGGCGCAGCGGCGUCUGCCGCCGACGCGGAAGGAGCUUACGCACCCGGAGCCGGGCCGCCUCGCAUCCAGCCGACAGGCAAGCUCAGCUGCGACAUCUGCGGCUUGUCCUGCAUCAGCAUUAACGUGCUGCUGGUGCACAAGCGCAGCCACACGGUAGAGAAGCCCUUCAAGUGCAACCAUUGCAGUCGCAGCUACAAGCAGCGCAGCUCGCUGGAGGAGCACCGAGAGAGGUGCCAUGUGUACAUUCAGAGCAAAGGUCCCGCCGAGAGAGAGGACAGCCACACAUCCAGGACUCAGAUGGGUACUGAGCGUGCGCUGCUGCUCGACAGGCUCGCCAGCAACGUAGCCAAGCGGAAGAGUUCAAUGCCACAGAAGUUCACAGGCGACAACGGCGUGUGCCUGGACCUGAGCUUUAACAGGGAUCUGAUCCACCGAACUGAUGUCAAGGAUCCUCCGUCGGGCUCCCCGGGGCCAGACGCCCAUCACCAGCAACAACCGAUCCACCAAGAUGGGGACCAACCGCCUUCCCACAGGCCCUACCCCAUCCCGUUAGCCCGUGGCGACAUCACAUCCAUGGGCCUCACCAAUGGCCACAAGAUGGCCAUGCCGCUCCUGGGGAUCCCUCACGCCUCCCAGCCUCCCCUUGGCAUGGACUCUUACCACAACGACAACCAGAUAUCCCAGCCUGUCAUGUACAGCUUAGGCCACCUGCUCGGGGGGCUGAAUUCCCAGAACGGCAUGCCUCACCCACACACCCAGCCCAUCCCCCUGUCGCCUCUCGAGGCUUUGCGAGUGAUGCGAGCUGACGGGGAGCCCGUGCCCGGGGCCGUGUACCCCUGCGGCCACUGCAGGGUGAUCUUCCUGGACUACGUCAUGUUCACCAUCCACAUGGGGUGCCACGGCUUCCGCGAUCCGCUCGAGUGCAACGUGUGCGGCCACCGCAGUCGGGACCGUUACGAGUUUUCUUCCCACAUAGCCCGCGGCGAGCACCGCCUAGAGUUGAAGUAGACUGCAGGCACGACGGCAGCACUGCAUGAGAAAAACAGCAGAUUAACUCAUAUAAGUAGUGUCAGAAAUGAAUGCAUGAAGUAGCUAUCACUCUCUGCCCGUGUGUGUGUGUGUGUGGGUGUGUGUGUGUUAGAGAGGGAGACGUUAUACGAGUGUAACGGGUUUCAGGGUGUUUUUAGUCAUACUGUAGUCAUCUGAAAAGAUGGCCUGUAAAAUGUUCACGCAGGAGCACUUCUACCUCCUUUUUCAUGCAUAUAUUUGUACGUAAUGGUCCCUGCUGUAGCCGCUGUGUAUAUCCUAAUCCUCAGUUCCACAUGUUAAUUCAAAUGUUGCAAAAAUAUGAGCACUUAUUACAUUUAUCGUGUAAAUGCUUUUGUUUUUUACCAGUGUAAAGAUGUAAGUAAUAAAAGAACAGCUCUUCCUUCGUCACACACAAGCCGCACCACCGAAAGACUUUUAGCUUCUCUUGGCAAUUCAAGACUGCAGAAAAAAAAAAAAUCCUAUUAUCUCGAAGGUCACAUGUCUGUUUUUUUCUCAGCUGUGGUUUUCUGAGUGUAGUUCACGGCUUCAAAGGACACAUCACUCUGCUUCUCACUCCAGAUAUUGUACUCAUUUAGCGCUCCCCACAAGUUGCUUCACAGUUUUUCACAAGACUUGUAGUCACACAAAACACACAGUGUUCAAUUACAUUUCUCACUUCUGUUUGAUUUACACAGCACCGGUUCCCUUCACACUGUGCAGAAAAGGCCGUACAGUGAGACAGAGGUCCCGUCGUUACAUUUAACCCUUGAAAGUACAAAACUGCACUACAUCUGUGGAGGACAGAGGUAAAGGAGAGAGAAAAAGGUGGAUAAAAAUUCAGUAUAAAGUCAAGCUGAAGGCCUCAAAAUGCAUGUGGCAGCAGAUGAAAUCUUCUAGGUUCCAUUAAGGAGGGAAAAAGAGACUGAUCGCUUUGUUCCAUGCAGUACGUGUUGACAGAUUCUGAAAAUGAUGAAAUGUACGGCUGGCUGAAGCUGCCAAAGUUAAAAUAAAUACACAUGUAAGUAAACGGCUCAA